ACACAAAAAAAAACUAAAUGUUUAAAAAAAUCGCAAAAUCGAAAAAAUUUUAUAAAAUUUAAAAAUUUCAAAAGUAAUUAGUUGCAGCUGUGUGUAUUCCUUGUGUCUUGAUUUUGUUUUUGUUAAUUGUUUAAGUACCUUAUUGCAAGUGAUAAAAGAAUGCAAUUCAAGCUUCUGUUUUGUACUUUGAAAAUCUGUGCGUAUGUACACAAGUACGUAUAUUAAAAAAAUUAUUUAAUAUGAAAACCAACUCCCUUUUGUGAUUUCUUCGUUUUGCUCACAACGUUUUUUUCUUCGUUGUUGCUACAAAUUUUUUUUAUACAUAUUUUACAAAUAAUGUAGUUGCUGUUGCUGCAAUUUUUUUUUUUUUUUUGCAUCUUCGUUAAACUCAACAGUAACUCUAACAUGUUCUCUUUAUACAUCGGCAACGUAGCAGAGGCUACGUUAUUACAGCUAACAACCGCUCUGUAAAAUAACAACCAGAACAAACAUUACAGAUUUGAAGUCAAAUGUUUAUUGAAAACGAGACUGCAUUGAGAGAGAAAACGAUUUACAGAAUAGCAGUGUGAGUAAAGGCUAUUAAAAAAAAAAAAUAAAUAAAAAAUAAAUAAAUAAAAAAGCAGUGAGAAAGCAGUGCAAAAACAACACUUAUUAAGAAGAGUUUAAAAGACCAUAUGUUUUUUGCGUUCUCACCACUAAAUUGUACUCGACCCCACAUUUUUCAUUUUGUGUGCGCGAUAUAUUAAAUUUAACUUGAUUUUAAACUUCAUUAAUUCUUAAUUAAAGAUAUUCACACGAAAAGCACUAGUGUUGUGCGGUGCGAAAAACGAAGGGAACGUUUUCUCUACAAUAAUAUCGUUUUAUUUCUUAAAGUGUGUGUGUGUGCAUUUGUUUACUAAUUUUCGGGAUGAGCGAGAGAUUUAACUAACUAACGCUAGUUAAACUCCUUGUUAAGAGCAAUAUAUGAACUUUUUAAAUCGGCAUUUCUUCUUUUAAAUAACGGUUGCGUGCCAAAAUGCAUUUAAUGCUUUUCUUCAGGAAUUAUUGUGAGCAAACGGUUACAUCGGCUACAUACCUAUAAACUGCAGACAAUAAUUACAUAUACUUUUUUACACAAUUAUAAGGUGCAACGUAAGCAACAAAUAAAUAAACAAGAACCCAUCUAUCUAAAUGUCUGACGAAGUGCCUUCGGGUAGAUUAUCGCAAAUAUUCGAUACUCUGACGAAUUUACAAACUAACCCAAAUCCAUCAUCAAUAAGUCGAACGCGUAGCGCUGCAGCUAGACGUUCAACCUCAUCUUCGCCCUCUCCCUCGACAUCUGGACGCCUAACCCCAGCUAGCGCAGGCAGUGGUAGUGUUGGCAGUGGCGGUAGCGGUGGCGGCGGCACUUACCAUUUGCAUAAUCAUCCGCAAACUUAUCAAUAUCUAACGCAAACGCAUAAUUAUUUUCUAAGGCCUCAGGAUAACACUGAACAGAAUGGCGGAGCAGGUUAUGUCCACACAUUUCCAUCCGCCUCGAAUCAAAUGCAUCACCAUCAUCAUCAUCAUCAAUAUGGACAUUAUCUACACUAUCACCAGCAGCAGCAACAGCAACAAGAGCAACAGCACUCACAACAUAUAUUCAGCUCACCGUUAAUGCUGCCGCAGACACACCACCACCAGCAGCAGCAGCAGCAGAAGCAGCAGCAACAACAACAACAACAACAACAACAACAACAUUCUUUGCCUCCUUUUUACGGCACUUCGCAGUCUUUGAAUUCGUCGCCGUUGCUCGCGAAAAGAGCGACUUCACUUAGCAGUAAUAUACCAUUAGGCCGGCAUGCUUUAGAAAACUCAUCAUCGCCACCCUGUUCGUCGACGGGAUUGCAGUGCGCAGCCCAAUCGACCCCUAAUAGUCCGCGAUUAAUGCCUCGACGCACGCAGAGAGUUCCACCCAUACCGGUUAAACCGUCAAAUGUGAACUUAUCGGCGGCACCGUCAAUGACUGCCGAAAAAUCUGAGAGACAUGUAAGUGGUGCAGAAAGUGACGCAUCGUGGCCUCACCUCUCGACGUUAACCGACUAUUUGGAUGUACAUCAGGUUAACAACUAUCCAGCAGGAGCAAUGCCUGAGAUUAACUGGCAAGAACGUUGUUUAGAGUUGCAGUUGGAGUUGCAUCGCUCAAAAAAUCAGGCGGGACGGAUACGAGAUAUGUUAAGAGAAAAGUUAUCUGAAUUGGAACAGCGAGUUAUUGAGGCGGAAGAACGAGCAGAAGAGGCUGAAGAUAAGGUGCGGGCUAUGGAACAAAGGUUGAGUGAAUGGCCCAAACCAACCAAUAACGCCACCACUAACGUCACUAAUAAUACCUCACCGAUUCAUCAACCUCAACCGCAAACACAAUCACAACAACAACAACAACAACAAACGACAGCUAUCACACAGCAACAACAAUUGCAGCAAUCUGCGACCACAACAGCAACAAGUCUUCCUACGGUAGUCGCUGAGCAUACUAUAACAUCUUUGGAAAUUCAAGUCGAGGAACAACGUCAAUUGCGUUUACAAGACGCCCGGCAAAUCGAGGCCAAGGCAGCAAAAAUUAAAGAAUGGGUCAAUAAUAAAUUACGCGAUUUGGAAGAACAAAAUCAAUUGCUACGCGAACAGAAUCUCAAGUGUAACCAGCAGUUGGAAUUAUUAAAAAACUAUAUUGCGAACCAAUCGAACCGGCACAGUGUUAUUGGACCGGUGCGUAACAGUUUGAGCUUGGAUGUGCAAGAGUUUUCGACCUCCAAAGAAACCCGCCGACGUAGCGAAAGUUUAGAUACACAAGAGAUAAUCAGUCGUCCUUUAACCACAUCUUACCCGCACCAUCAGCAUCGACGUAAUCUUUCAAUGGAGCCCACGGAGUUAGAGCGCAACUUAGUCGCGGCUGUGGAUGGUUUAUCUUUAGCUCCUCUGGCUAGUAUAACAGCCAAGCAAACACCUUUAACCUCGACGGUUAAAAAUGGCAGACCGGAUAGCUCCGAUACCGAUACAGCUCACGAUUAUGCCGAAAUUUAUACACCGUCGUGUGAAAAAAUGCCCGCUUGGCUAAAGAAUAAUAAUCCAGCUUUAAUGGCUAGUGGAGGUAAUUCAAGUACCACAACUACCACAAGUGAUAUAGUGCCUAGACCGCCGACACCGCCUUUACAUCGUUUCCCUAGCUGGGAAGCUAAAAUCUACCAAGUGGCCAACGAUGGUCUGGCAGCCAGUACGGAGAGUCAUUUGAAUCACCAACACGCAGUCAUGACGUCUGAAAGGGGGGAAAGUCAAAGUCAACUGCCACCGCCGCCUGAUGUGCAAGAGUCUAACACUAACCUGGCUAAUGGUUCCAAUCAACCUGGUAGACAUACACCCGGUAGCAGCACCAAUGCAGAUACGCUGGGUAGUAAUAAUGGAGCCGCCGCCACCGCCACUCCCAAUAAUACAAUUACCAGACAACAACAAACAGCCAGUGGUGGUUUCUGUGAUAUUUCAGUACCAGUUUAUGCUACCGUCAAAGGGAGGGCUUCCCAAAUACGUUCCAUGCCUUUCACAGGCGACUCUAGUGAUGAUUCAAGCGAUGGUGAAGAUCAUGCUGUCAUGCUUACUCAUAAUUCUCAUAACUCAUCAAGCACUGACAAUACGGAGACUUCAACUUCCGGUAGUGCUUCGAGUCCUUCGAAAAGUCUGAAAACCUCAUCGAGUUUAAGUCCUGCCAAGCGUAGUGGUUCAGAAAGUCCUAAAAAUUCCAAACCAAGGGCGUACCAAACAUAUCAGCAUCAAUCUCUGCGUACACCUAAUGUCCCGUAUCCUCAGUCACCAAAUACCUCGCUGCUAACCCAACAUAACCUCAAAAUUUUACCAACACAAGUGACACAAUAUCAUAGACUUUCUGUGACUGCCAACAAUCAUGUACGUGUCCCUCAUGUACGUGGCACAGUAAUUUCAGAUAUUUCCUUUGAAUCAGGCCUAUCCGAUGAUUAUGCUUUGCCACCCGAUGCAGUCUCGGAAUCAACUUGUCCGAUGGACGCCUCUAUGCCUUCUUUACUGAUGCGGCAAUCAUAUGUGGAUUCGCCAAGUAAAAAACUAGAGUCACUAGAAAAGAUGGGUCACCUAGCUAAGCUGGGUGGUAAAUUGAAGACUUGGCGUAAGCGCUGGUUUGUUUUGAAAAAUGGUACUUUAACUUACUGGAAAAGUCAACACGAUGUGCAACGUAAGCCGCAAGGUCACAUUAUAUUAGAUGAAGCCUGUCGCAUAAAUCGUGCAGAAGGGGCUUCAACAUUUGAAAUUGAUACGGGUAAAAAAGUGUACUAUCUCACUGCCGAUUCCAAUGCCACUAUGGAUGAUUGGAUUAGAGUUCUUCAAAAUGUUCAAAGACGCAAUGCCACCAAGCUGUUGCUUAGUCGCGAAGAUCAAAAGCCCACUUUGCAAGGAUGGGUGACGAAAGUGAAGAAUGGUCAUGCCAAAAAAUGUUGGUGUGUAUUGCUGGGGAAAAUGUUUCUAUACUUUAAAGCUCCCAAUGAAACGAAUCCGGUGGGACAAAUCAAUAUGCGGGACGCUAGGGUGGAAGAAGUCGAACAUGUCUCCGACUCCGAUUCCGAGGAAAGAGAAGAUCCAGCUCAAAGUCAGGCCAGACUAACUGUUGCUAUCUAUCCUGCUCAUCAGGGACCGACUUACUUGAUAUUGCCAGGCAAAGCCGAACGUGAUAACUGGCUUUAUCACUUGACCGUAGUGUCCGGUGGAGGACCCAGCGCCGGUACUCAAUAUGAACAGCUUGUGCAAAAACUUAUGGAGACCGAUGGAGAUCCUAAUUGCGUUAUUUGGCGUCACCCUAUACUUUUACAUACCAAAGAUACCAUUAAUGCCCCUUUAAGUUCCAUGCAUACCGAAGCCAUACAGCCGGAGGCGAUUAAACUAUUUAAGAGCAUACAACUUUUUAUGUCGGUGGCUGUCAAUCAACCAGGCAUUGAUUAUCAUGUCGUUUUGGCACAAAACGCUUUGCAGCAUUGUCUCGAUCUACCCGAAUUGCAAACCGAAAUGAUUUGUAUAUUAAUUAAACAGACCUCUAGACAUACGGGCCAAAAACUAAGUGUGGGCGUCCAGGUAAACAAGAAACUGGGCAAGCAGACGCGCCAACUACUAUUGUGUGCCACUCAGAGUCUAUUUGCCUGCGAUACGCAACAAAGUGGUAAUGCUCAAGCAAAUGGCAGUUCACCUACAUCCCUACAGGCUCCUGUACCUCCUCCUAUUAUUGAUUGUAAAUCCAAUCCACCCGCUUACUCGUUUGUUCAGGGCUGGCAAUUGUUAUCGUUGGCGGUUUCAUUAUUUAUUCCAAAAUCUAGUCGUCUAUUAUGGUAUUUGAAAUUGCAUUUAUCUCGUAACGCGGACACGAAAACCGAAACCGGUAAAUAUGCGGCCUAUUGUGAACGAGCCUUAGAACGCACAUUAAAAAACGGUGGUCGCGAAACUAAACCUUCGCGUAUGGAGGUCUUGUCAAUACUUUUAAAGAAUCCGUAUCAUCAUUCUUUACCACACGCUAUCCCCGUUCACAUGAUGAACGGUACCUAUCAGGUGAUUUCGUUUGACGGCUCUACGACUAUUGAGGAAUUUCAAACUACAUUGGCUCAAGAGAUAGGCACAAGGGACGCUACAAACGGUUUUUGCUUGUUCAGUGACGAUCCUAUCGAAAAGGAUCUCGAACAUUAUUUAGAUCCAUUGGCUAAACUGUGCGAUGUCAUCUCGAAAUGGGAGACAGCUUUAAGAGAGAAAGGUUCCGGAAAAUUUGAAAAUACCCGCGUCAUUCAAUUGACUUAUAAGAAUCGUUUAUACUGGAAGCAUACCGUUAAAUUUGAAACAGACAAAGAACGCUUGCUGCUCUGCUAUCAAACAAAUAAUCAAAUCGUUCAGGGUCGUUUCCCUUUGUCAAGAGACUUGGCCCUGGAAUUAGCUUCGCUUAUGGCUCAAAUCGAUAUGGGCGAUUAUUCGCAUGAGAAGACCAAGACCACUACCGCUAAUGUGGGUAUAAAAGCUUUAGAUAAAUUCUAUCCAUAUAGGUAUCGUGAUGCUUUGAAUCCUGAACAAUUGAAAGACAUACAAGAGCUACUAAUAUCAAAAUGGAUGUUGUUGAAAGGCCGUUCAACUUUAGAUUGUGUACGCAUUUAUCUAACUUGUUGCCGUAAGUGGCCAUAUUUCGGUGCUAGUUUAUUUCAAGCUAAACCGAGGCAUACAGAUCAAGCCAUGACAUGGUUAGCAGUGUCGGAAGAUGCUUUAAAUGUCUUAGAAUUAUCUUCUAUGGCGCCGGUGGCCCGCUAUCCUUAUACAAGUGUAAUGACAUUUGGCGGAUGCCAGGACGACUUUAUGCUAGUAGUAUCAAAUGAGGACACUUUAGCCAGUUGUGGCAGUCAAGAACAGAAACUUUUGUUUGCGAUGAGCAAGCCGAAGAUAUUGGAAAUUACUUUAUUAAUCGCAGAUUAUAUGAAUGCUCUGGGCCAUACGGUGCCCGGUACACCACAAAUGAAUUCGUUAACACGUAACGGUUCACAUAGAUCAUUAAGAUCAAGAGCUAUGGGCACGGGCACAGGGGCUACCACAGCUAUAGGUACAUUUUGCGGUACAGCGACUGUCGGUAUGUCGACUAACGCAACCAGUACAGCUCAUAACACUUUGAAUUCGCACGCUACGCACACUCUCAACUCACAACAUUCGCACACUUUAAGCUCUUCCCACUACAGCACUGGAGCCGGUGUAGGAGUUAUAGGGCACGGCUCGGGUUCUUUACCUGGUUCACAGCAAGGCACCAUGAAUUCAACACAUGGUCUACAACAACAACAACAACAACAUCAGCAUCACCAUCAUCAGCAACAUCAACCCGAUAUUUUGAAGAGUACACCGGAUCAUCAGAGAAUCAAAUGAAAGGCAAGAAAUUUGUAAAUAUUCUUUCAGCCAAUAAGUCAACUAUAGUUUUUCUCAAAUAAGGCUUUUUUUUUUUUCUGUGUCUAUACACGGGCAGAAAAAUUUAAAAGCCUAAAGAGUAGAACAGUAAUAGACUAAGCUUUAAUGAAAAAUAUAAUUUUCUUUUUUUUUUUAAUCAAUAUUUUAUGCAGAAUAUCUUUAAAAA